AUGAUACCAUUUUCUCAAUCUAAUAAAAAUAUAUCAUUUAAACAAAAUUAUCAUCGGUUACAAGAACAUUUAUGCAUAUUUGAUUGUACAUUUACAAUACCAUUUAAUGAAUCAUUAGUCAUACCUUCGAAUUGUCAACAAGCACUAACAACAAAUCCAUGUGAAGUUGAUAUUAUAGUAGAAUUAACUAUGAAACGGACAACAUUUGCUUUUUUGAAUAAAACAAAUGAUUCACUUAUCAAUGGUUUAGAAACAGAUACUUUUUCUGUAGAAUUAGUCAAUUUUGAAUUUGAAAAAAAUUUAAUAACCGAUAUUUUAGCUUAUAAAUGUUCACAUGGUGAUAAAUGUGAAUGGAAUUAUAUACAAAAAAAGAUUCCUAAAGUAAUUAGUAUGAAUUAUCAACCAUUAUUGGAUUCAUUAUCACCAUUAAUUUAUGAUAAAAGUUUGGUAUCAAAUGUUUCACAUUGUCAUUCGUUGAAUGAAUUAGUUAAUUGUCAAAUUGGUGUAUGUGAAUAUAUGCAAACUCUUGAUCAUAGUAGUUUAACAUUACCUAGUAUUCGUCAAUGUUCAAUUUCUGAUAGACCAUCAAUUUAUUUUGGACAAUAUCAAUAUAUACCUGAUCCAAUGAAAUAUACAUUUGAUUAUUUAUAUUUUACAUGUAAUAAAAAUCAAUGUAAUAGUCCAUCAAAUGAACGUGCUAUUAAAUAUUUAAUUGGAUAUAGUAAUCAUAAAAAUAUUAGUGUAAUGAAAAAAGGACAUUUCUAUCUAGUUUUUAGUUUUUAUCUUAUUAUUGUAGUAUCGAUAAAAAUGAUUUAA